AUGGGACCAGAAAACCAAACACAUGUGUCAGAAUUCCUCCUCCUGGGACUUUCUGAGAAGUCAGAGCAGCACCUUCCCCUCUUUGGGCUCUUCCUGGGCAUGUACAUGGUCACUGUGGUUGGUAACAUUCUCAUUAUGCUGAUCAUUGGCUCUGACUCCCACCUCCACACUCCCAUGUACUUCUUUCUCUCCAAUUUGUCCUUGGUGGAUGUCUGUCUAGUUACUACCUUGGUCCCCAAGAUGCUGAUGAACCUCCUAACACACAAUAAGGCCAUUUCGUAUGCUGGUUGCUUUGCUCAGAUGUACUUCUUCAUUGUUUUUGCUUGUUCAGACAAUUUGCUCCUCACUGUGAUGGCCUAUGACUGCUUUGUGGCCAUUUGUCACCCUCUGCACUAUGUCACCAUGAUGAGGCCAUGGAUUUGUGGCUUCCUGGUUCUAAUGGCAUGGACUAUUAGUCUUCUAAACUCUGUUCUCCAAAUUCUAAUGGUGAUGAGGCUGUCCUUCUGUACAGAACGUGAGAUUUCCCACUUUUUCUGUGAACUUGGUGAGGUUAUGAAACUCUCUUGUUCUGAUACCCUCAUCAAUGACAUCUUAGUAUAUUUUGUAACUGGUCUGCUAGGUGUUCUCCCCUUCACAGGGAUCCUUUUCUCUUAUACUCAGAUCUGUUCCUCAAUAUUGAGAGUACCAUCAGCUAGAGGGAAAUAUAAAGCCUUUUCUACCUGUGGGUCUCACCUCUCUGUUGUUUUAUUAUUCUAUGGCACAGGACUUGGAGUAUAUCUGAGUUCUUCAGUUACCCACUCCUCCUGGAAGAUCUCAGUUGCCUCGGUGAUGUACUCCGUAGUCACCCCCAUGGUGAACCCCUUCAUCUAUAGUCUGAGGAAUCAGGACAUGAAGGAAGCCCUAAAGAGGUUCACUAGUAGAACAGCUUCUUCGCAAUGA